UGGCAGGCGCGCGGAGGAGCAGGGGUGGCGGCGGCGGCGGCCAAGAUGGCGUCGGAGAGCGAGCUGGGUCGGAAGUGGGACCGGUGUUUGGCCGACUCCGCCGUCAAGCUGGGUGCUGGUUUUGGGCUGGGCAUCGUCUUCUCGGUCAUCUUCUUCAAAAGGAAGACGUGGCCCAUCGCCUUCGGGUCAGGGAUAGGCUUAGGAAUGGCAUACUCCAAUUGCCAGCAUGACUUCCGAGCCCCUUACCUCCUCCAUGGACAAUUUGUCAAGCAGGAGCAGUGAUGUGGGCCCGAAGGACACCCCUGGGCCAGAGGAACGGAGGCGCCUCGGCGAGCACCCCUCAGGAAAACGGACGUGUCGCCCCGGCCCUGCGUCAGCCGUCUCUGGAAAGCUCGCCCCCGUUGCUCUUCAGUGGAGCGCCGUCACCGAUGCCCGAAGCCAAAUCUUUGUUUUGUAUCCUCUGGCAACGGCAAAGAAGGUGCCGUACAGCAGAAAGGAAAUAAAAAUGACGAGAGAGACACGUGCACACAGAAGCGCCCCUCCA